AUGUCAAUGCCAUCAGUACACGCUGAGCAAUGUAAAAAAGAAAGAUCCAAACCCACCAAAUUAUUUCAUUUUGGUACUUCAUUUUCAAAAAGCAACACGAUAUCAAGCGCACAGUACCAUCAGUAUGAACAGGAUCAAGGUAGCAACAAGUCUCUUAAUUCACUCAAGCUGCUAGACCAUUUAGUCUAUUUGCUGGAAGAAAUACCAUUUGAUAAGUUUAAUUCUACACUCUGGAUGACACAUGUUGACAAUCUGGAUAAAAGGUCGCAGACGUUUUUGGAUGUCGCAAGAUACACGCUCUGCUCCUUCCAUCUGAUAACGAAGACAAUACCUGAACAUGCAAACAACUAUGAAAGAACGUACUUCAUUGAGAACGUUAUUCCAUCCAUGCUGUCUUUGGCCAAGAAUACAGGCUUUAUUGAAUUCAAGUGGUGUGAGACUGAGUUUCGCUCAACUAAGACCAUGAAUAUGGCAGAGUAUGAUUACGAUCUCCGUGCUGCUCCCCCCAGCAAAUAUAUUGAUGCUUUGGGAAUUAUGUCCACACAAAACAACAUGGAGUUAAUUGUCAUUGAAUCAUCAAGUGGCCGAUUGAAGGAGCAUACAACUCAUACGAUUGAAGAUUCGCUGAAGAUUCUGGAAUGUGGUGUUGCCACUUUGAAGAAAGAGGCCAUGCAUUAUAAGAACGCUUCUAGGAUCAAGGUUUUUUCGGUACAAGUAAUCAAGACCCAGGUCACAUUACUAGAAUUAUCAUUCUUUGUGGAGAAACAAUUAGCAAAGCUUCCCACCAACUGGAAUGACAGACUGCAAAUCGUACAGUAUCUAGAACUGUAG